GAAGAGGUCGGCGGCGAGAAGUUCCGCUGUUACCAGUGCCUAGCCACGGUAGAGAAGCAGAACACUCGCAACCACGUCGGACAUCACAUCCUUCGUGCUAUGAGAGGUGUUGUGGAGGAGUUGGCAGGGUCUCCAGUCGUUCUACAGCCCUCUCCAUGCGGAUUUUGUGGUCGUUCGGGUAUCAAGACAUGCACAGAAGUGUGGUUGACAAAGGGCUUGAAGCCGCAAGCACGUAGUGAGUGCGUACAUGCUGUCAACUACUUCUACAAGCCCAGCCUGCACUCGACUCUGUCCACCCCGUGUACGAACACUCCAAUUCUCUGCCCGGUUCCUGGUUGCUCCGCACGACAUGGUGACCGCUUUCCAGCCAUCUGGCGAUACAAUUUGGGAUUACAUGUCCGUGAGUGUCAUCCAGAGUACUCUCCCGAUGGUGUAUCUCCCGGUAUCAUCCUCGAAGCCCUCACUUUACGUGUGCUGCUAUCCAUGCAAGAGGAACAGCGCAUGGGCAUCCCGGAAUCCUCAAUACCUCUCACUACGCCGCACACGGAAGUCACCACCGACGUCCAAGCUCUCGCACUAAUCCCGCAAGUUCAGGACUCCAGCAUCCCUGUGGCUUCGACAUCAAGUACACGGCGCCGGAAGCGCAAACCUGAGGACACUCUCGACAAAGCCCUCAGCAAGCAGCCACGCCGCGGUGGCGGCAGUUACUAG